CACCUAAGCCUCACUAAUGUGAUCCAUGGACGUUCCUACUUGCAAAGUCCAUGCCUUGAAAGAUCAGAGCUGUUGUGACCUAGGCGGGUGGUGUUAAUGUUGCGGCUGACUGAUGUAUAGCAUACAGUACAGUUUGUAGUGUAUAAUAUAAUAUUUAAUAUGUUCUUGCAAUAGGAAAAUUACAUUCCACUGCUUACCUUCCUUCUGAUUGGCCGGACCAUACAAGGCCUUAGCCAAUCAGUAGCAGUCAAGUAUGCCAUCCAGAGAGUGGUGGGUUUUAAAAGAGAGGGGUGGGCAGGUGGUGGCCACUGCUGGGCUUCAGCUCAGAGUGAGAUUAGACAGGCUACAGCAAGAGUGACCACACAGCUCAACUCUACAGCAGACACCAUGAGCACCCAGUUCAGCAAAGGACCCACCUUCGGGCUGUCAGCCGACGUCAGGAACAAGCUGGUGCAGAAGUAUGACCCCCAGACGGAGGAGGCCCUGCGUCUCUGGAUGCAAGAGGUCACAGGCCGGGUCAUGCCAGACAAAUUCAUGGAGGGUCUCAAGGAUGGGGUCAUCCUCUGCGAGUUGAUCAACAAACUCCAGCCUGGAUUAGUACCGAAGAUCAACCAGCCAGCUCUCAACUGGCACAAGUUGGAGAACAUCACAAACUUUAUUCGAGCCAUCAGCGAUUAUGGGCUGAAGCCUCAUGACAUCUUUGAGGCCAAUGACCUGUUUGAGGAUAUGAACCACACUCAGGUGCAGUGUACCCUCGUCACACUGGCUGGAAUGGCAAAGACCAAAGGAUUCUACACAAAAUAUGACAUUGGAGUGAAGUACAGCUCCAAGAAAAAUCGGAAGUUCACCCCUGAGAAACUGAAAGAGGGAAACAGCAUCAUCUGCCAACAGAUGGGCUCCAACAAGUAUGCCAGUCAGAAGGGCAUGACGUCCUAUGGAACAAGACGGCACAUUUAUGACCCCAAGAUGGGCGUGGAGAAGCCUGUGGACCGCAACAGCAUUCACCUCCAAAUGGGCACCAAUAAGUGUGCCAGCAUGUCUGGUAUGGCAGCUCUGGGCACAGUGAGGCAGGUGACUGAGAAGAACAUGAGUGUGGAGCCAGUGGACACCACCACCGUGUCUCUGCAGAUGGGCACCAAUAAAGUCCCUUCCCAGAAAGGCCUGACCCCAAUGGGCGGCUCCCGCCUAGUGUAUGACCGCAAAUACUGCGACCAGCGCAGCGAGGAGGCGACCUACGACGGAUUCAAAUAAACCCUAUACUGACACCAUUAACACACACAGGCUGAAUUAACUGCUUUCGAGUAGAGUUUACCUUUCACACUGAUCUAGGCCCAGUUUGUUUUUUACUUUUACAGAUACUUUUUAUAACUUUAGGGAAUUUUAGGGGAAACUACGGAGCCCCUGAGGUGGCAUCAUGUUAAAAGAUAAGUAAUGCAUGCCCACGACUUAUUAAGGCGUGUGAAUGAUAUCCUAAGAUGUGGCCACGACUUAUUAAGGUGUGGAAAUGAGAUCCUAAUGCGUUGGAAUUAAAUAAAUAAGGCGUGUGAAUGAGAUAAUUAAGAUAAGGCCACAACUUACUAAGGUGUGGGAAUGAGAUCCUAAGGCGUGGCCAUGACAUCAUGGCAUGUUCUCCUCCACCAGUCUUACACACUGCUUUUGGAUAAUUUUAUGCCACUCCUGGUUCAAAAAUUCAAGCAGUUCAGUUUGGUUUGAUGGCUUGUGAUCAUCCAUCUUCCUCUUUAUUAUAUUCCAGAGAUUUUCAACUUGGUAAAAUCAAAGAAAUUUUUAAGUGGCCCCUUUUUUUUCCAGAGCUGUAUAAUGGAGUAGAAGCAGGCACAUUUAACCAGACAAAGGCAAUUGUUCAAGAAAACUCUCAAUUCUAUUAAUAAUAAGAAAAAGAUAUGUUUUCUGUGCUGUUUUAGCAAAAUAUACUAUUAUUUUAAUAUUUAGCCAUUUAGCUCCUCCAUUCACCCCCAUUUAUGUUGGGCUCACUCUAGCGGUUCACAGUGAUUUUGUGGUCAGGCUCCACAUAAAACAGCUCUGCCCCAGCCUGAUGUUAAUACUGGCGCCUGCUGCUGGUCCUCCACUGCCAUCUAGCAGUUAAAAUCUUCCAGCAGCAAGAGAAAUGAACCCUUUCAGACUCUGCAUCCAUUACAAUGGACAUCAUAUAUGUUUAAGAGCUGUUGACCAAUGGAAUAGACCAUGAACCAGCCAAUGAACAAGUUAAAACCAAUGAAAAAGUAGCUAAUUAGUUAAUUGGAUUUUUUAUUUGCUAUAUAAAUUUUAUAGUAGAAUAUCAGUCUUAAUUUCUGUGCAUUACAGAGAGAAAACAGCAUUCGUACAUUUUUUGUCCAUCACUAAAGAAAAUUCAUGUCUGAAUGGGUUAAAAAAGAAUUGAGCUAAUAAAAAUGUCCACGUUUUCUUUCAUGCAAUAAACACAUUUUAAACUCA